AUGGCUUCCGGUUCAACUGGAGAUAAUAUGCAAGGCGAAGGUGUCGGUUCUUCUAGACAAAGAGAUUCCAAUCCAACUGGACAGCCGGAAACGUAUACAUGCGAUUUCUGUGCACAGACAUUCGAUUCUCGGGAAAUCCUUUGCAAUCAUUUAUAUUACCACAGCUUAGAGAAUCAUCCUUGCUACGCUUGCGAAUUAAAAUUUAUUUCUAAGUCACUUUUGCGUAAACAUUGGAAUUCGGUACAUCCGGAUGUUCCUAUAAAGUGUAAAAAUGCGGAAAAGUUUUCGCACAUUUUAAAUCCCUUGUAUGGCACGAAAAAAAAUAUCAUAAAAACAAGGAAGAUUCUAAAACAAACAGAAAGUAAGGAAGAAUGCGACAAUUCUGACGCGGACUCAAAAG